AGCAAGCCACAGGUUUAGUCUCCGUCUGCCGGUAUACUACGUUGCAUAUAAUUCUUAGCUCCUGUCGGCCGCUCCGAACGGGUACCCAUUCUUAGUACACGCAUAUAGUCCCUAAUCGAAAGUUAACCCAUUUUGUUGUACCGCGCAUUGCAUUUCCGCUCCGUGCACAAACUCCAAAAUGGCUCGUUCAUUGAUGAAGUUCGGUAAAUACCUUACGCCCAGCUGUAAUCCUCUGGCCGCGGCAUCCGUGCCAUCGAUGACAACACCGGUGCGGAACCGAAGUUCAGAUGCACGAAUUCAGGCCUCGAAACCGGUCGUCGAAAUGGACGGCGAUGAAAUGACCAGAAUCAUCUGGCAUUUCAUCAAGGAAAAAUUGAUCUUUCCAUAUGUCAAGGUCGAGUGUCUGUACUACGAUUUGGGGUUGCCCUACCGAGAUCAAACUGAUGAUCAGGUGACGAUCGAUGCGGCUCAUGCCAUCCUGAAGCAUAAUGUUGGCAUUAAGUGUGCCACCAUUACUCCCGACGAGCAGCGGGUCGAAGAAUUCAAGCUGAAGAAAAUGUGGCUCAGUCCGAAUGGAACUAUCCGUAAUAUUCUGGGAGGAACCGUGUUCCGUGAACCCAUCUUGUGUAGCAACAUUCCUAGACUGGUACCUGGCUGGACUAGGCCAAUCAUAAUCGGUCGUCACGCUCACGGUGAUCAGUACAAGGCCCAGGACUUUGUUGUGUCGAAACCAGGAACUGUGAAAAUGGUUUAUACUGCCAAUGAUGGAACCGUCCAGGAAUUUGAGCUCUUCAACUACAAGGCAGGUGGCGUAGCCAUGGGAAUGUACAAUACAGACGAUUCCAUCGCGGCGUUUGCUCACUCGUCCUUCCAAAUUGCACUUGGCAAGAAGUGGCCACUUUAUUUGUCUACCAAGAACACCAUUCUGAAGAGAUACGACGGUCGAUUCAAAGACAUCUUCCAGGAAAUCUAUGAGAAGCACUAUAAGAAGCAGUUCGAUGAUGCUAAAAUUUGGUAUGAGCAUCGAUUAAUCGAUGACAUGGUUGCGCAAGCCUUGAAAUCUGAUGGAGGUUUCGUUUGGUCCUGUAAAAAUUAUGACGGUGACGUCCAAUCGGACAUCGUCGCCCAGGGAUAUGGCUCCCUCGGUCUUAUGACGUCUGUACUAGUAUGUCCCGAUGGAAAAACAAUCGAGUCGGAAGCUGCCCACGGAACCGUUACUCGCCACUACAGGGAACAUCAAAAGGGACGUCCAACCUCGACAAACCCGAUCGCGUCGAUCUUUGCUUGGACUCGAGGUCUGGAACACCGAGCUAAGUUAGACAACACCCCGGAUCUGGGACGGUUUGCCACUGCCCUUGAGAAAGCCUGCGUUGAUUGUGUCGAAUCGGGUAAAAUGACGAAGGAUUUGGCCAUUUGCAUUCAUGGCGGUAAAAACACCAAGGAAGGAAUGUAUUUGAACACCCAAGACUUCUUGGAAGCAAUCGCCGAACAGUUGGAACGUUCGUGGAAAAAAUAAACUUUCGAAGCUGGCAUUGCUACUUACGGAAUUUAUGAAAUUAAUUGCAUUUUAAUAUUAAGUAAUAAAGAAGCAUUUCUAUGUUGUAA